CUUCACAGUCGAGUGCAAAACACCUGUGGCUUCACAACCUCCACUUUACAACACCCCUUGCCAAACCAGCAACCCGCGAAACUCACCGGACAGCCUUUCUUCUCAAGGCCCGGACUGGACCUGGCGACUUGUGUCUGGCCUCUGCUUUGACUUUGAGACAGAGCGAGCCAACAGCUCCACGAACUGCGACCGCACAUCCCUCGGUCGCACUUGUCCCUCUCACCAAUCCAUUGUUGUCAAGGUCGUGCCGCGAGCCCCCUUGCCAUCGACUACGAGUGCCUUCUUCCACCCGAGCCAGCCUUUGUCGCUGCUGGUUUCCAAUCAUUUUCUCUUCUUUGCCACAAGCCAUACUUCCCGCCCCCGCCGUCUCUUGCCUUGCUUCGUCUCGCCUUCCACCUCAACCUCUACUUCGAAAUCACCCACAAUGCCUGUCUCAGUCCAACUGAACACGCCUCUGGCCGAUGCCCUUAACUCUGCCAUCCAGCCAAAGCUGGAACAGUAUGGCUGGGCCACUGGCGGUGCCGACGAUGCCGCCCUUACCGAAUACAUCAUCCUCAUGCUCGUCAACGGAAAGACACAAGAAGAGGUCACGAGAGAGCUGUCGACAGACCUCCUCGGCCUGGACCCCAACGAUUCUGGACUUCUCGAAUUUGCGAAUUGGCUCUUCUCGACCAUCGAUGCCUUCUCAGCUCAGUUUGGCUCUGGCGACGCGCAAGGCUCGGCUGCGGCGGGAGCCGCCCCAGCGGCGUCGGGCGCCCCUGACGAAGACCAAGAGAUGGACAUGAGCACAACUGAAGGUGCCACGGAAUUCAACGCGCCUACAGGUCCAAAAGCCAUGCGUAACGGUGCCGACAGAGGGCGCGGGAAGCGGCUUGUAGGACAACUGAACCGUGCGAUGGACAGGACGCAUGAGAACGUCCUCCACCGCGUGCGCGGCGCUACCGGGAACGAGAGGAUCAACUCACAUACCCGCACACCUCCGACGGGCCCACGCAUGGGCACUGGACGACAGCCUCGAGGGCCGAAUCAGCGUGCAGCCAACAUUGCCCACGGCCUUGCAAACAUGAACCCCAUGGCCAACGGACCACCCGGCAUGAAUGGUGGGGGCAUGGGGCCCAUGAAUGGCUGGGGGAUGAUGCCCGGCCAGCCCCCACAGUCGGAUCUGUUGCAAAUGAUGGAAGUUCAGCAGCAGAUGCUGAACCAGAUGCAGCAACAGCUGAUGAUGCAACAAGGCGGUGCGGCAAAUGGACAGGGCCGUGGAAAGUCGUUAUUUGAGCGGACACAGCACCCCAACCAACGAGGCAACUUCCGAGGCCGCGGCGGCCACCACCAGAACGGUCGCAACCACACACAUCAGUCAGAGACGUCCAGGCCAGACUCGGCUGAGCAGGGCGAGGGCGAUCAGGAGAUGUCCGGUGUGAAGCGCGAGGCAGCAAACCCCGAAGAGACUGUCUGUCGCUUCAACCUGAGCUGCAACAACAAAGACUGCAAGUUUGCCCAUCAGUCACCUGCCGCGCCUCCGGGAACGACGGUCGACGUUCAGGAUGUCUGCAAUUUCGGUGCAGCUUGCAAGAACUUCAAGUGUGUCGGCCGGCACCCUUCGCCUGCCACCAGGACGGCACACCAGAGCGAGCAGGACUGCAAGUUCUGGCCCAACUGCCAAAACGCGCGCUGCCCGUUCAAGCACCCGUCGAAGCCGCCCUGCCGGAACGGUGCGGACUGCAAGACGCCUGGCUGCGAAUUCUAUCACAACACGGUGAUGUGCAAGUUCCGGCCCUGCACGAACCGAUAUUGUCAAUUCAAGCACGAGGAGGGCCAGCGCGGGUCGUUCCCCGACAAGGUGUGGACGGCGGAUGGCGCCAAGGAACACGUGAGCGAGCGGCAGUUUGCAGAUGCGAAAGCGGCGGAGGAGCAGGUGAUACCGGGCUCAGGAGAUGACGCGAUGGGCGGCACCGAGGCGACUGUGGCGGGCUAGAAGCCUAAGCUGUGCGUCAUUCAGGUGCAGUCGGACUCUGAAUCGGAUGGGUCUGGCAUGGUCGAGUGAGGGGGGCCACAGGGGACGGCAGGUUUGGGAUAUGUGUACCCUGUAUUAUACAAAGAUAUUUUCAUUUUCACCAGGGUGUUACAGGUCAGGGCAGAUAACCGGCCACAGUCGAGAGCCGAGUGGAAGGCGUUGGGAGGCUCAGUCAAGAGAGAAGAGGUCAAGCAAGCAUUUGUGGAUUUGAGAGAGAGUGGGAUCACACGUCCAUGCUGGCCCUGGCAGUCAGGAGACGACGACGACUCGAGUUUGGAGGAGAUAGCGCCAUGUGUACAAGUUAUUGAUGUCGAGGCCCUGGCGCCUCCCCACCCA